GGGCGUGACGUUCUAGCUACAGCAGAUCCUCUCUCCCACGCUUAUGUGCCUAGAAUAAAAGCUACAAGGAGAUGGCAAUAUCCUCGACGAAGGUUUUCGCUGUGAUAUUAUUUUGCCGCGGAAUAGUAGCGGAAGUCACGACGUGCAGCCUGGACGCGGACGACAAAGCGGAGAAGGUGGACGUACUGAUUCUGGGUGCAGGGAUCGCGGGAAUAUCUGCAGCCAGGGCCUUGGAGGUGAACGGCGUAACUGAUUUCCUGGUUCUGGAGGCCACCGACCGCGUCGGAGGUCGCAUACGCGAAUACGACGGAACGACCAUCGAGGUGGGGGCCAACUGGAUCCACGGACUGGACCCCGAGGACCCUCAACACCACCCCAUCUGGAGAGAGUGGACCAGGUGCGACCCAGACGGUCCGGGAGGGAGCAUUACUCCUGACUUGACCGCCGUAUACGACGCCUCCGGAAAUCAGCUCGAUAUUGAGGACCGAAACGCCCCCUAUCUUUCCAGACUGGGUGUGUUUCAGAGCGCCUUUGAUUCAGCUUUCGAGCUAAGAGUCUCUGUAGACACUUCAGUGAGGGACGGUCUUUCCACCAGCUGUUGGGAACCAAUUAGCCCCCUAGAUAACUUUAUCGAGUGGUACAAUAUCGAUUUGAGCUCUGGACUUGCACCUGAGAAUAUAUCUCUACUGAUUGGUUCCCUCAAUACAGAGGACACUCAGUUUACCGAGUCGGGUGAAGAGACGGAUGAUUAUCUUGUGGUGGAUGAAAAAGGUUAAUCUUACGUUGUCAAAUGUCUUGCAAGAGAUUUUAUUAAUGACAAAGUGAAGCUGAAUUCCACAGUCACGACUAUGAAGUUAGCAGAUGAUUGUGUGUGUGCUGAGGUAAAGGAUGGUAAAAUGUACUGUGCAAACUAUAGUAUUGUGACUUUUAGCACCGGAGUGCUUCAGGCAGCAAUUCGUGGUGACCAAAACUCUGUUAAGUUUGAGCCUCCCCUUCCUCGGUGGAAACAAGACGCAAUCAACCACAUAACCCCUAUCGUUUAUGGGAAAAUUUUCCUGGUCUUUCCUACUACAUUUUGGAAUGAAAUUGACGGAGACCAACAACUCCUGGGCUAUGUAGCGGAUGAGAAAGGCUAUUACGGACACUACAUAUUGGACAAAAAUCGCCCGAACACUAUAACAGUUGAUGUGAGUGGUAAUCUGGCCAUCAAAAUUGCGACACAGAGUCAGGAAGAAACGGUCAAUGAAGUCAUGGCCAUUCUCAGGAAGAUCUUUAACAACGUCACUCUACCAGAGCCUGAAAGUGUUGUCAUAUCAAGAUGGCACCUCGAUCCCCUCUUCCUUCACUCCUACUCUGACUAUGGACCUGGAGUACCAGAGAGUGUUUUUGACGAUCUUCUCAAACCUGUGAAUGGACGACUCUACUUUGCAGGGGAAGCUCUCAACAGCAGCAACUACGGAAAUGUACAGGGAGCAUAUGGGACAGGAGUGUAUGCUGCACAGCAGAUUACAGGGACAAGCAACAGUGCUGGUGUCCCGCAGGCAACUCUGGUCUGUGUGUUUGUGGCUGGUGUGUUGAGUCUUCUCUCCGUGGUGCAAUAAGGCAGACAAGUAUACACAACUAUAUAUAUAUGUAUAUAUAUAAUAUGCUCACAGACAUUGUAAGCCGUAGAGUUAGUAGCAGGCACAAAACUGUGUGGCGAAUUCUAAGGUUUUUUUAUUUUUAUAACAUCACUUUAUAUAUGAAUACUCUGGGAUGGCCUCCACCAUGGUGCGAAGGAUCUCAACACAUGUGCACU